AAUCUAAAUGCUUUGUUUAUGGUGGAUAAGGAAUGUGCCAAUAAUUCAAAUAGUAGCUUGUCAUGCACACAAUGUUGCAACUCUGACAUUUGCAAUUCGGAAGGAUGUGGUGAAGCAGGUUACCCUGUUUCCAGAGGGCCAAUAUGCUACAAUUGUCCAGUAUACAGAGAUACAUCCACAUGCCAUGAUAUUGACUUCUGCAAAAUCGGAGAGGUAUGCAUGUUCCAGGAAACGAGGGAAUUUGGAGAUAGAGUUCUGAAUGCUAAAUGUGCCAAUCCACAUAUUUGCUCGAGAACAGCCGGGGCGAGUAUAAUUGGAAGGAGAGCAGAAAGCAAACAAAUUGAUGCUCGUACAUCGGAACAGCAUGUUUGUAACGCAUGCUGCAAGUGUGAUCUUUGCAACAAAAACUGCCGGGUCGCACACAAUGAAAGUGAUAAUUCAGUUGAGACGACACAUACAGCAUCUGUUCCAAGUACAGACACUACCACUGCAACGACUAGAACAUCACUACGAACAAAUGCAACGAUAAAUAACGUGUCAGAAUCGACGACAGGUUCUAGUCUACAAACUACGUACCCUAUUAUACAGACAACCGUAAUAAAUGGAAACAGAAUUCUUGCUAUUUUUGGAUCUGACAUGGUACAAUACAUUCGUUUCAAUAUAACGCGGGUCGUUCGGGGCCAAGAUUGGGAAUACAAAGACCAGGACUCACAUGGACAAGGAACCGUUCUUCGGCAAUAUAGUCUUCCAAUGUGGGUCUGGGUUAAGUGGGACAAUGGGAACGAGAACUCUUAUAGAGUUGGCGCGGCUGGAAAAUACGACCUUUAUAUCGUUUCGAUUUGAAGAAUAUAUGUUUAUAACAAGAGCGAGUCAGAAUGAAUGAUGCAAACUAUGGUUUUUGUUUUUCAACUUAAUUUGAAUAAUUAUAUAGACACUUUAUGAUACUUGCAGCAGAUUUCCUCUAGAAUGAAAGUUCAUUACAGUUGCAAUUUACGCCUUACAAGUAUCUAUGUUUCUUAAAAUCAUAAUCUUAAUGUAGCUUCAAAUUUGUAUUCUCUAAGAACAUUGAUUCUGUCGAUUGUUGUUAAAUAUUAAAAAGUUUAUGGAAAAAAUUAUGCUGAUUGUUUUUGGUAUUAUAUGCCACAACAAGCUUCUAAAAUGUUUUAUGCAAGUUUGAAAUACACGAUCCUAUACUACAUGUCUAUAUAUUAUCACGGAUAAUAAAGUUCUACGAAGAAACUUUUUAUGCUGCAUACAAAUGCUCUUACAAAAUCACUUAAAAUAUCUCACUGUCACGA